AUGCGCCAAACCGGAGGUACGGUUAGCGAGGCAAGUUUGACAGGCCACGGCGGCCCGGGCGAUCUCUGCUUGGCUCAGUGGAUGUGGACUGCGGCGCGUGGGUGUUGCCGCAACCGGCACCGCAUGCAGCGCGGGACCGUUGCGUCUGUGCCUGUGGCGCUGCUCGUGGUGCUGGCGCUCGUUGCCGCGGGUGCCUGGAUGCCCACGGCGCGCGCCAUGCCUUUCCGGAUGCAGGGUGGCAGUAGCGCGCAGGGCUGUGUGCGUGGCGUGACGCUGACGGAGUCCAUGGCGGUUGGGGGUGGCCAGGCGACGGUGUGCUUCGACUCAGUGGUGUUCAGCGGGCCGAUCACCGUGACGGUGGAGCUGGGCCCGAUGGACCCAUUCGCUGGCCUGCUGAACGUGACGCUGCGCCACUGCGUACUUGCCGGCGGCGCGCAGCUGCGGAUUGUGGGCUUAGACGAGGGUAGGGUGCACCUGAUGCCCCGCGCCGUCGUCAACAUGACGAACGUGACGUUGACGGAGGGCACGAUAGUGCUGCAGGGUACGCUGCCGCCAAAGUCGCGGGUUCUGCUGGCGGACUCGUCGCUGCACGCGACGGUUGGUGGGUCGCAGUAUGUGCCGACGACCGCCGGGUACGAGGAGUCCAGAUACGGCCCCGUCCUUGUGCUCGACGGCGUCCGGCUGCUGUCGUCGCAGCUCGUUCUGACUCGGACAACGCUGA